AUGUCUUCAAACUGUGAAAACGUCGAAGGCGCUCAGUCCUUCAGCUUCCACUCCCGAGCGAGUAACUUUUCUGACAUGAAACAAACAAAUAUGCAAGCCUCAUCAAGACUAGAUGACAUGCAAGACACCUACGGUGAAAUAUCAUCGACGAAUUCAAAGCCUGUUAUAUCAGUGGCUCGACGAAAUGAGCGCGAACGUAAACGUGUUCGACUCGUCAACCAAGGAUUUGCCAUUCUUAGAGAUAAAGUACCUCGUGACAAAUGCUACAGAGGUCGACGUUCCAGCAAAGUGGAAACUUUACGCGCUGCUAUAAUGUACAUUAGACAGCUUCAACAGAUACUGUUAGAAAGUCAAACACGUUUCCAAGCGCAGAAUACAGGUCCGUGUUAUGCUUAUUUUGGUGGAGAAGCAUUGUUAAAUGAGCCUGUAGUAUCUGGUUCUGACAGUUAUGCUGUUCAUAACGGAUUUACCACUGAAUGUACUGUAACGCCCAGUUACAAUCAAUUCCCAAAUAGUCUAGACGCGCAGUUCCCUGAUGAUGUCUAUGCCAUGCCAUGGUUUGCAUGA